ACCCGCCGCCACCCCCACUCACCCACCCUCUCCCCCUCCCCUCGACUCCCCAGAUCCAUCCUCGCGCUUGGUCGCGCCGCCCUCCUCCUCUCUGCGCUUAAUGGUUGGCACUGCAGCCUCGUCUCCACGGCCGGCACCGUACCCUCUACGCUGGCUCCGCAGCCCCUCCUACGACCGCGCCUAGAGCACGACGGCGCCGCUGUUUUGCGAACUAAUCCCCUCACCCUCCGCCAUCGUUGCCCUCUCGCCCUCCAACACCGUCCCCUCCAAUUCCCUCACCCUCCGCCGGCGACAUCCACCCUCCCCCUCGCCUUCUUUCCCUACAUAGGCCCACGAUGGAGCCGGUCAGACGGCUCUCCGAGAUCCGCGAUAGCCACAGCGCAUACGCGCCCCUCCACCUCAUCGUCACGAGAUUCGAGCUUGGCCGCGACGGAGGUGUUGGAGGUUUUCUCCUUCCCCACAAUCGUGCGCCGCGGGAGGUGCCCCCGUGCGUUUCUUCUCGGGCGACGACACAGCCAUGCGGUGGGUGGGAUUUGACGCCGCUCUUCCGCUCCGCGCGAGGAGGGAGCCGGCGAAGGCUCGGCUGCUCCGACUCCAUGGAGCCCUUCCAGAUGGAAUACCUUGAGGAGCACCCCAUCUCCCUGUGGACUGAGAAGAGCACCGAGAAGGAGCAGUUCGGUGUUGGCUUCUACCCCAUCUCCCUUGCCGAGAGGGUCAUUGUCAGCACGAAGCACAACAACGAUGAGCAGUACGUGUGGGAGUCCCAGGCUGGUCGUUCUUUCACCGUCACUUGUGAUACGUCUGGGGAGCAUCUCGGCAGGGGUACCAAGAUGGUCCUCUACCUCAAGGACGGCCAUUGCCUACUGUACUGAUAUGAAAGGUCAAGCAUGGAGGUUUCAAGAGCAUCCCUUCGUCCUGGCUCGGCAAUGGACGACAAGGACUUCCUCACGCAUGAGGUGUCUUCUAAGAUCUACGGUGACAAGGUAAUCUCACUCUCUUCAACCCUAGUUGUUUUGUGUGUGCGGUUGCUGCAGAUGGUGGUCUGUGUGGAUCUUGUUAUAGUGAGAGUGUUAUGCUGGUGCUGGCUUGAAAGAAGGGCGGAAAUGCUCAACAAUCUAUUUCCUGCAGCAUUUAGCUAUUUACAUUAUGAAAUAUGUGGACAGUAGGUAUGUUUCCCAUGUUAUAUGGUAAUAACUAUACAUGUUAUCAUUGAGUUUGUUGUGUGUUUAUAGAAUGACAUGGUUGGCUAAUUAAGCCCUGUUCGUGUAUCUUUUAGAAUUUGCUUCAUUGGUAGCACAUUUAGAUAUAUUAAUUAAUUUUGUGCAUGUUGGAGAAUUUAGACGACGAUAACAAAUUGUAAUCACGAAUACUUGUAUAGAAACUUGCACGACUAUCUUGUUUAAUUUUGUGAUAUUCCUCCAUACUAGGAGCUAAUCAGCUGCACUAUUAUUCAGCUUUCAUUGGCAGUUUUAAUUUCAUGAAAUCAUCUUUUCUUUUCUAUGCUCAUGUUCAAGCCUGGUAGUAUAUAUUUUUUCCAAAUGGUUUGUUUACUUGAUUUAUCUUUUGUUUGAUUUUGCUCCAUCAGCUUUCCUGAUGUCCUUCUACAUAUAUAUGUUGGUUGUAAUCUUCUUGAAGAAUGCAAGUACUUCAUAUUCCAUUCUGUUCUUGUAGGUGAAUGGAACUCCAUUGGUAGAACUCCGUUGAGGACUUCUACCCAUGUUGAAGAGCAUGUUCUGUGGUAUCCAAGAGUAGCUAGCUUUUGUACUGGCAGAGCAGUCUAUUUGUAGAUCCCAAUAUUUAUGAUUGUGUGGAUCUGGGUGAAGUUUGAAGUUCCUGGGUAUGCAAGAUUCGAUGGUUAAACUGGUUGAUGUGAUGUGAAUGAGUGUAUGGAAACUGGUUGGUGUGAUAUGUAUGAGUGUAUGUAGUUUCACGUGUUCUGUUCUGUAAUAAACUUACUUUAGCUGUUAUUUGAAGAUUUUCAUAUGCUUUC